GUUACAUAAUGACACACCGACAGUAAUGAGCCAACUGCAGCUGCGAAGCCAAAUGCCGCAGUAGAUCCUUCAGUGAUCUGUUCCUGGACUCGUAGAAGGGGUAGAUGACUUGGAGGAAGAGGAGGGUAGGGGACAGUUCACAGGGAGCUUGUAACCACACAGAUCAGGUUAUUUCAGAAAGCAAGCAGCUGUUUGAAGCUUUGAUAAAGUAGCAAAAAUUAUCAAGAGACACUCGGCAGCGACAUUUUUAAAAAUCUGUCAGGAGAAUUUUACAGGAAGCCACCAUGAAACUGAAGUUACCAAACCCUGGACUGGAUGAUAGAAUCCCUUCUCAUGGAGACCUGGAGAGAAUGGAGAAAGAGGAGGUUGGAGACCGACCCCAAUGGGACAACAAAGCCCAGUAUCUGCUCACCUGUGUGGGCUUCUGUGUGGGACUGGGGAACGUCUGGAGGUUCCCAUAUCUGUGUCAAAGUCACGGAGGAGGUGCAUUCAUGAUUCCUUUCCUCAUCUUAUUGGUUUUGGAGGGAAUCCCACUGCUGCACUUAGAGUUUGCCAUCGGUCAGCGUUUGAGGAAGGGGAGCGUGGGUGUGUGGAGAUCCAUCAAUCCUUACCUGACAGGAAUUGGCGUUGCCUCCCUGAUGGUGUCACUUUUGGUGGGUCUGUACUACAACACCAUUAUGGCCUGGAUCAUGUGGUAUCUCUUCAACUCUUUCCAGGAUCCUUUACCCUGGAGCCAGUGUCCUCUCAAUGCUAACAGGACAGGACCGGUGGACGAGUGUGCACGAAGCAGCACCACAGACUACUUUUGGUACAGAGAAACUCUGAACAUUUCAACAGCUAUUGAUGAGGCUGGAGGUCUGCAGUGGUGGAUGGUCCUAUCCCUCAUAGCUGCCUGGACUUUGCUUUAUGUUUGCUGCAUCCGUGGCAUUGAGACGACUGGCAAGGCCGUGUACAUCACCUCCACUCUGCCGUACAUCGUCCUCACCAUCUUCCUCAUCAGGGGCCUGACCCUCAAGGGCUCAGUUGAAGGAAUCAAGUUCCUCUUCACACCAGAUAUCAAUGAGUUGAUGAAUCCAUCGACGUGGUUGGACGCAGGAGCUCAGGUUUUCUACUCAUUCUCCUUGGCUUUUGGAGGUCUCAUCUCCUUCUCCAGUUACAACUCUGUUCACAACAACUGUGAGAUGGAUGCUGUUCUGAUCUCUAUCAUCAAUGGCUGCACCUCCGUCUUCUCUGCCACAGUGAUUUACUCCAUAAUUGGCUUCAGGGCAACACAAAACUAUGACGACUGCAUGGAUGGAAACAUUUUGAAGUUGAUGAAUGCUUUUGACUACCCUGAAAACAACAUCACUCAAAGCAACUAUAAUGGGGUUCUGGCCCACUUAAACCAGACUAACACAGACAUAAUUCAAGGACUGCAAUUAAAGACCUGUGACAUGAAGUUUUUCCUAAGUCAGGGUGUGGAGGGAACCGGUUUGGCCUUUAUUGUGUUCACUGAAGCCAUCAUCAAGAUGCCAAUUUCUCCUCUGUGGGCCGUUCUCUUCUUCAUCAUGCUUUUCUGUCUUGGACUCUCCACUAUGUUUGGGAACAUCGAGGGGGUUGUUGUUCCUUUGCAGGAUCUUAGAGUGCUGCCCAAGUCUUGGCCCAAAGAAGUCUUCACUGGUUUGACUUGCUUUCUUUGUCUUACCGUUGGGCUCAUAUUUGCUCAACGCUCUGGCAACUACUGGCUUGCUCUUUUUGAUAACUUUGCUGGCUCUAUCCCCCUUCUGGUCAUUGGCUUCUGUGAGAUGAUUGCAGUUGUCUACAUCUAUGGCGUGGAUAGGUUUAACAAGGACAUUGAGUUUAUGAUUGGCCACAAGCCCAAUAUCUUCUGGCAGGUGACCUGGAGAGUGAUCAGCCCGCUCAUCAUGAUCUUCAUCUUUGUUUUCUACUUUGUUACCCAAGUCACAAAGAAACUCACCUAUUUGGUCUGGGACAUGGAGACGGAGGGCUUUCCCACCCUGGAUGCGCAGCCCUACCCCAGCUGGAUCUACGUCAUCAUCUUUAUCCUGGCUGGAGUUCCCAGUUUGUUCAUACCAUUAUUUGCCUUCUUCAAAUUCCUAAAGAAUAAAUGUUGCAAGAAAAAUGAUUACAGUGAUGAUGAUACAAUGAACACGAUCUCUGCCAAAAUACAAAUGAACAAUAAAAUCAAGUUUUAGGCAGAAUUAGCUUAUUAGGAAUAUUUAUGGUGACUGAACUUUUUUAUGUAUUGAAUUCCUUCAGAUUUUUCUUACAGAAACAAGAAAACUGCACAGAGGUUUUAAGCUAUUUUGGGUGAAAAAUUUUGAAGUACAGAAAUUUUAAAUAUUACAUUUACUACUGUGACCGUAUUAUGUCAAAAAUGCACAAAAACACAUAAUGAACUGGAAUCUAGUUGUCAUCCAAUCACAGCUGUGCGUUCAGAAUAAAUGUUGUCAGUUCUCCAGUGCGGACAGAAGCUUUCUCCUGCAGUUGUAUUACAUCCAAAUGUGUUUAACCCUUUAAACAAGGGCCAAUCAAGCAGAUCAGUGUUAGGCGUUUUUCACACAAGCUCACGGACUGUGUCUACCUUUUGAUCACAAAAUAAUGAAGAAAAUAACGCCACAACCAUAUUGUAUUUUUGUAUAAAUUAUGUGUUUGUGUAGCUUCUUGUAAUACAGAUGUGUUUAAGUGACUUGUAUACAGUACAUCUACACAUAUAAACUUAAUAUUCCUGUUUUAAUGCUUUAUAAAUAAUAGCAGACUUGUUUUGUUUAUCGGCUGUUUCUCUUCUGUACUGAAACCAGCAAUGAGCAUUGCGGCCCUCAGAAAGAAGAUGGCGUAUGCUUUAGAGUAUUUUUUUUUAUCUCUGUGUGUUUGUUACCUCUCCCGUAGUGACUUCCAAGAAGUGGAGCAAUUCCAUUAAAGACCUGUUUUCAA